AGGGUUGACAACAUCACUCACAUCGCGCUGCAUUGGACUCAACGGGAACUGUUCAAUAUCAAGUGACUGUGAUCCGAGAUGAACGUUGCCAGGACCCUCUGCUCGGGGGAGGACGCCAGCCGUUGUCCCAGCUACACGGUGCCGUGCGACGACUACGUCCACGUGGUGGAGUUCAGCCCGUUCACCUCGGGCACGCCCGCCUCCCUGCUGGCCUACGACUGCAACCAGUGCGUGGUGGUGGGCACCUGCCUCUUCCAGGAGGAGGACAUGAACGUGGAGGGAGUCGAGUUUAACGUUCUCCGUGCGUUCCAUCACGAUUCGCGAGUGGACUCGCUCGCAUGGAGCCCGGAAUCCCGUCUGGACAGGAUUCCCACAAUCAGAUUUUGCACGGCCGCCACCAACAGAAAACUCCGCCUGUUCACGUCGGACCUCCAGGAUCGACACGAGGUCAAGGUGAUGGAGGGCCACAGCAGCUACGUUAACCAUUUGGUGUUCGAACCCACCGAAGGGAAACAAAUCGCUUCCGUCAGCGAUGACCACACUUGCAGGGUUUGGGACUUGGAUGGAAAUGAAAACGCGAUUUUCCGACUACACUCUCCCGGCAUCAGCGUGUGCUGGCACCCAGAAGAAGUCUUCAAGCUGAUGGUUGCGGAGAAGAAGGGCACCAUCCGCUUCUAUGACCUGUUGAGCCAGCAGGCCAUCCUGUCGCUGGACUGCGGCCAGUCGCCGCUCAGCGCCGCCGACUGGUGCCUGGCCAACACCAUCAAAGUGGGCGCGGUGGCGGGCAGCGACUGGCUCAUCUGGGACAUCACCCGCUCCAGCUACCCGCAGGAAAAAAGGCCGGCACACAGAGAUAAAGCCCAGCAAUUCAAGUGGUCUCGAGCCCAAGAAAACCUUUUUGCCACCACCGGAUGUCCCGGAAAGAUCAGCAGUCAGCUACUCAUCCACCAUCUUGGCCAUCCGCAGCCAGUGACGGUGGGCUCGGUGACGGUGGGCUCGGGCCUCAGCUGGCACCGCACUCUCCCGCUGUGCGUGAUCGGUGGCGACCGAAAACUUUGCUUCUGGAUGACAGAGAUGUAGCGUGUAGCACGUGUUCUCGCCUCUGCUGCUGUUCUUGUAAUGGAUUCAAUAAAAUAUUU